GUCGGACAUCGGCCACCGCUCUCUCUCCCAGACGGCAGAUCCCGAGAUCUUCUUGCCCAUCGCGAAUCGCUCUCGAUCUCUUCGUCAAAACCCUAGAUCCUGCAUCUCUUCGGCGUCCGGCGACUUUGGCAUACUUCGUUCCGACGUUCAAGCCCUGCCGCUGCAACCGCUUCCUCGAGUGGCACCGAUGGCAACAUCACCUUAUUCUUGUCGUCGCCAAACUUCAUGGUUUGUCGCUGCUCUGCCUUCAUCCCAGUGUCGUUCCCGUACUUGAGCUAGACCCAGGCUAGCCGAUUCUCGAAGGUGGGGUCACGGUGGCGGAUGCCGAAGGUUCAGCCUGGGCAGAGGAGGAGGAGUGCUUGGGCUUGUCUGGUGAGGAAUUGAGGGUGGAAGGGGGUGAUUGGAUGGGGCUUGGAGGAAUUUUGGUGAUGGUUGCCUGUCUAAUUUAGGUUGACCUAGUCGGGUUUUGGGUCCAGCUCGGCUUGGUUUGUUAAAUUAUUUGGGCUUAAGCUUGGCUCGGAGAUCUUCGAGAUAAAUUUCAGGCCGGGCUCGAGUAGAGGCGUGGCUCUUGCCGGCCCGAUCUGUUUACAGCCCUAGGUUCUGCUACUAACCCACGAGCCAGCUUUUCUGCUAUCCUUCUGCAGGGUCUGUUGCGUUCCAGUUCCAGGGCACUGGUAUUAUUUGAGAAAGAGGCCGAGGUCAAGAAAGAGCAGAUAGCAAUGGCGACAUCAUCGUCGUACCCGCCGCCACCGCCGUACUACCGGCUAUACAAGGACUACCUGGAGGACCCCAAGUCCGCCCCCGAGCCCCCGCCGCCCAUCCACGACGCCACCUACCCCCUCUUCGGUGCCACCUACACCACGGACGUGGUGCUGCCCAGCUUGGAGGAUCAGGGUGUCCGCCAGCUCUACCCCAAUGGCCCUAACAUCGACUUUAAAAAGGUAUUACAAUCUCUCAAUAGAGAUCUUCAACUACAUAUCUUGGAGCUAGCAGAUGUUCUGGUAGAGAGACCUUCUCAAUAUGCACGUAGAGUGGAAGACAUAUCUCUUAUUUUCAAGAACUUGCACCAUGUCCUCAAUUCUUUGCGUCCUCAUCAGGCCAGAGCAACACUUAUUCAUAUUCUAGAAUGUCAGAUACAACGCCGUAAACAAGCAAUAGAGGAUAUAAAAAGGCGGAGAGAGGAGGCUCAGAGGCUGCUCAAGGAAUCGCUUCAAACUUUGGACGGCCAUCAACCCUGAGAUCUAUUGCUCGUCUGAUGUUAAAAUGGUUGUGUGUUAUACCAAUAUAAAUCUCCAUACUGUUGUUACCGCACCGUAAAAAUUGAGCCACACUUACUGACUCCACCUUAUCACUAAACCAUAAUUCAACGGAUGCAGACAUAUCCUGUAGGUAAGGAAGCAGCGAAUGAGUUUUCUUGGUGGUGGGCUUGUUGGCCGGGGGCGCGGCUGGUGGGUGCUCGAACCCCGGACCUUAAUUCGGCUGGUACCAUCCCUUGAGGGCAUCGAACAUUGACCUUUCCUUUCAGGGAUAUCCCUGUUUCUCAGUAUUUUGGUUCGACGAGCAUCAAACUCGUCUGUUAAUGAACUCAAAACUAGAUCUUGAAGUCCGCAAUGCACUUGGGUGGCUGUUAUUAGUUUUUUUUAUUUAUUUUAAUAUACAGAUUUUUUGAGAGUCUAAUUGUUGAAAACACGAAUGAGAGAUCUAGGAGAAUUACGAAACCAUUUUAGUAACAUAAUCUAGCAUGUAACUCCUUCGAUACGUGCUGCGCACGUUUUUUUUCCUCUAUUUCCAUUUAUUCUGAACA